AUGAAUUUUGGAGCAGUGAGGAGAAAAGGAGAUUUCUGGCGUGAUCUUUGUGGUGGUGCGGUGGUCAAAGUGAUUUCCAACAGCCGUUCUGUGAUGUCUGAGAGCUUGGGUAGAGAAAGUCAGGACCCCUUGCCUUUGGUGGGGAACAUACCAAAAGUGAUGAGCCAAGCUUGUAUGUAUGUUAUGAAGGUGAGAGUUCCCAAUCAGAGUAUGUGGUAG